GUUUCACCCUGUUUCACCUAAACAGUGUGGAGAUUAAGCUUAAUAUUUAAAAGGUUAUUCCUCCCUACAGCUCCUAUCAUUGCCCAGCUUCAUUCAUUCCUUCAUAUUUGACCGUCUGUCACUCAUUACCAUCACCAUGUUCUUCAAAACCCUGCUUCCUCUGCUUCUGUCCUCCUCAGCGCUGGCGCUGCCCACCCUCACCACCCGCACCACCCAAGCCUCCACCGAGCUGUGCGGCGAUUACGACUACAUCAUCCUUCAAGAUGCCCCAUGGAUCGUCUACAACAUGCUCUACAACGCUGACGAGAUUGUCGGCUCCCAGUGCACCAACUACGGCGAGAUGACCACCUCUGCCAAUGGCACUAAGGAGGUCAUCUGGAGCAGUGUCACUGACAUUGAAUACGUCGAGAGCACAAACAACGUUCCCAAGGGCUACUCCUUCGUCGGACUCACCCAGAACCUCGAAACCAAGAUCUCGGCCAUCGACUCCAUUCCCGCUGAAUACUCGUGGACUCGCACCAACACGACUGCCUUCAAGGGAAACAUCUGCUUCGACUUCAUGACCAAUGACGUCAAAGGCGACUCGACCUCUUCGUCCUCUCACGAAUUGAUGCUCUGGCUGCAGUACGAGGGUGGCCAGCUCCCUAUCGGUUGGACUGACGGCGCUGUGGCCACCAUCGACGACCUCUUCGGUACUUCCUGGAAGCUGUAUGAGGGUGUCAAUGAUGACAGUGGCAUCACGGUCAGCACUCUUAUGCCUACUACCCAGUUCGAGGGUACUUUCUCUGGUGAUUUGAAGGAGUGGUUGCUUGCUAUGGUCAACUUGGGGAGAUUUACUAAGGAGACUUAUGUGAAUGUUGGAAAUGCGGGAACCGAGUUCUUCUACGGUAACUCGGUUAUGAACUCUACUCUUGGUCUGCAAAUUAACCUGGACUAAGUGGAUUGUUCAGAGGGAGAAUGCUGGGUGUGAUGUGGUCUGGAUGUACAGGUUCUAUAUAUGUAUAUCUAAAGUAGAGCCUGGAAUUAUCAUUGUGCUGCUGGGCCGAGAUCUCAACUGGUUUAUAUG